CAUGGGCCAUGAGAGCCUUUUCAGUUGGGCAUGGUGCUUUACCUAAAAAGGUUGUGUCUUCGUCUUCCGAGUUCUGACAGAAAGCACAUUUCUUUUUCAGUAAAAGAACUGAUUGCGUCUCACGUGAUCGACUUCUCCAUUUUUUUUUAGUUUCUUUCUUUCCGUUCCUUGAACCACGCGCUUGCUUCUGUCUUCUUUUUCGUUCUUAGAUUCGGAUUCAAAAAACCACUGUAAGUUGGUUGCAGAUUUUGAUCCCAGGGGUUUUACUUGUGAUUAGCAGAGUAUGUUCUUCUACAUUUUAAAUUUGGUGUUUUCGCUCUUUGUACUGUGUUCUUUUAGUUUAGGAAAAGUCAGAAUUUGUGUACAUUGAAGUGUUGAACUUUUCUGCUUGGGAUUCUUGAGUUCAAAUAGUUCUUCCCUCUUUAAUUUUUUUUUGAAAUAUUUCUGCAGAGAAUGGGGUUUAUCUCCCGAAGACUUCUCCCUGUUUGCGGGAACAUGUGUGUUUGCUGCCCUGCUUUGAGGUCGAGAUCUAGGCAACCCGUCAAACGGUACAAGAAGCUGCUUGCUGAGAUCUUCCCCAAAUCCCUUAAAGGUGCUCCAAAUGAACGGAAAAUUGUUAAAUUGUGUGAAUAUGCUGCCAAGAACCCCCUCCGAAUUCCAAAGAUUGCCAAGUAUCUUGAACAAAGGUGCUCAAAAGAAUUGAGGUCUGAGCAUAUCAAAUAUAUCAGUAUUAUCACAGAGGCAUACCAUAAACUGCUUUGCAUAUGCAAGGAGCAGAUGGCAUACUUCGCUCUCAGUCUACUGAAUGUCGUAAUUGAACUCUUGGACUCCACAAAGCAAGACAGUGUUCGUAUUCUAGGAUGCAAAACCUUGACCAGAUUCAUUCAUAGUCAGGCAGAUGGAAGUUAUGCUCACAAUAUUGAGAAAUUGGUUCCUAGAGUAUGCAUGCUUGCACGUGAGCCUGGGGAGGAAUAUAGCAAGUGCUGUUUGAGGGCAUCAAGUUUGCAAUGCCUUUCAGCCAUGGUGUGGUUUAUGGCAGAUUUUUCACAUGUUCUUGAUGGUUUUGAUAAGAUUGUGCAUGCCACACUGGAUAACUACGAACCAGAUAUAAAUCUUGUAGAUGAUGGUGAAAGAGGGGAGCCAGAUCACAAUUGGGUUGAUGAAGUAGUUAGAUGUGAAGCAAGGGGUGGUGUGGGUGUUGGUAGUGAUCUCAGCCUGAGCUACCUUAGGCCAAGACGGGAAAAAAAGGAUUGCACUCUAUUGACUCGAGACGAGAUUGAAAGUCCAAAAAUAUGGGCUCAAAUUUGUGUCCAGAAAAUAGUAGAAUUGGCCAAGGAGAGUACGACAAUGCAUCAGGUUUUAGAUCCAAUGUUCGCUUAUUUUGAUAAUGGGAAGCACUGGGUUCCUCGGCAGGGGUUAGCUAUGGUUGUUCUGUCUGAUAUGUGCUACUUUGUGGACACUGCAGGAAAUGAGCAGUUGAUUCUAGGUGCUGUCAUUCGACAUCUGGAUCACAAAAAUGUUGCACAUGAUCCGCAAAUUAAAUCUGAUAUUGUUCAGAUUGCUACCGCUUUGGCUCGACAACUCAGAACACGAGCCGUAGUCUCUGAAAUUGGGAUUAUCAGUGAUCUAUGCAGGCAUUUGAGGAAGUCUCUUCAGGCAACAGUUGAAUUGGUAGGACAGCAAGAGUCAAACUUGAACAUUUCACUCCAGACCUUCAUUGAAGACUGCUUAUUGGAAAUUGCUAAAGGAAUUGGUGAUGCUCGACCACUGUUUGAUUUGAUGGCAAUGACACUGGAGAAGCUUCCAUCUAUGGGUUCUGUUGCGAAGGCAACUGUUGGGUCAUUGUUGAUUCUGGCUCAUGUAAUUUCUUUAGCAUCUGUGACCUGGCAUUCACAGCAGAUCUUCCCAGAACUACUUUUCCUCCAACUUUUGAAAACAAUGAUGCAUCCAGAUGUUGAAGCUCGUAUUGGAGCACACCAGAUAUUUGCUAUGAUCCUUGUUCCAUCAUCUAACAAUCCCCGACAUGACUUAGCAUCUUCACUAUCUGGGAGUCUGUAUGAACCAAGGAAGUUGAAGUCCAAAACUGCAUCGGCGUUUGCCUCCACUACUGCUCUACUUGAAAAGCUUCGCAGGGAGAAGGGCGAUGCAAUAGUAGAAAAACAUGGGAAUAAUACUGAAGAUGAUUCUAAGGAUAGAGAAUCUGGUGAUGAGAAACAGGGCUGGGCCCGCAAAAACUCGCCUAACUUUUACAAAAUAAGUUGUUCUAUAAUUGACAGGACAACUGGACCAGCCUGCUUAACAGAGGCAGAGCCAAAAAUUACUAAACUAAGUGAGGACCAAACAUCCCAGUUGCUUUCUGCUUUAUGGAUGCAAGCCAAUCUUCCUGAUAACUUGCCUUCAAAUUUUGAAGCUAUAGCUCAUUCUUUCAGCUUAACUCUUAUUGCUUCACGCUUUAAGAAUACCAAUCAAAACAUUGUUGGAUUCUUUCAGCUUCCAAUUUCUCUCAGAAAUAUAUCUUUGGAUCCUUUUAAUGGAACGUUGCUGCCUUCGUGCCAGAGGUCACUUUUUGUGUUAGCAACGGCAAUGUUGAUGUUUGCAGCAAAGAUGUAUAAUGUUCCGGAUCCUAAUGAUUUGCUUAUGUCUGUGGUUUCUAAUCAUGUUGAUCCCUUCUUGGGCAUUGGUGAUGACCUUCAACUUUAUGUAAAGCAUCAGGCAGAUGUGAGGGAGUAUGGAUCGGCUGCUGACCAUCAAGCUGCUGGCUCAUUGCUCUCUAAAUUAAGGGAGACUGUUCAUGAGUCUGACAAGAUUAUACUGGACAUUUUAGUUGGAAGCCUUUCUAGGGCCACUGAGCUGGAUGCUGAAGAUCUAGUGAGGCAGCUGUCAGUAGCAUUCACACCUGAUGAUGCCAUCAUGUUUGGUCCACAAUCUGUACUUGACUUGGACCACCUUCGGACAAUUUCUCUUUCGAAGGAAUCACUUUCUUUUGAUGGGGAUUUCCAAGCAAACUCUUCGGUUGAGGAUGACGUGAUAAGUGAACCAUCUGUUGCUGACAUCUCCCUCUUCAUCCCCAAAAUGCCUACUUCGGCAUCCUUGUCCCAUGUUAUCAGUGUUGGACAGCUGCUAGAAUCAGCACUUGCAGCGGCUGGCCAAGUGGCUGGCACAUCUGUCUCAACGUCGCCUCUCCCAUACAGCAUGAUGGCUAGUCAAUGUGAGGCCCUAGGCACAGGUUCCAGGAUGAAGUUGUCCAGUUGGUUGGCCCGUGAAACGCAUGAUUCAAGAUCAGUUGACCAGCCAUCCUUGACCUUUUCUGCAAAUGGCAUUUCUUCUAUACAGAAGAUCAUCAAUGAUGAUGGGCCAAUUCUAACUGUAUUGCCAACCGAGCCUUGGUCAGUGCUGAGGCUGCCUCCUGCUAGCCCAUUUGACAACUUCCUAAAAGCAGCUGGAUGUCAAUAAAGUAGCUACCAUGCUCCUGUCACCGAUCUGCGUUUAUGUGCACUUGUAAAGUUGUAGAUUUGCAAUCCACCAUGGCCCUUCUAUAAUUUCCAUUAUCAUGUUAUUACCUGUUACUACUAGAGAUGAGCACAACCAUAUGUAGGACACAUUCAAUUCAUCCCUUUUAGUUACAUGAAGUGUGAGGAUAACAAAAUGUCUGCUUAUGCCUGUUGUGCUCA